UCGCGCGGGUGGGCGGGGAGCGCGGUGUGGUGGGGUUCGGGCUUCUCCGUAGUCCCGGCUCAGAGCCGCGGGGUGCCAGCUCUGCCCUCCUGCCUGCUCUGCCGGGCCUUGGAGCUCUGACUGGCGGGGUCGCUGCAGAGUCAGGUUGAGCUCUCCCCGGUGUCUGAUUUACACUCCCUUCCCGCGGUGCAGUCCAGGAUGGCGACUCGGAUCUUUGUCGAUAAGGAAAACGGAGAACUAGGCGCCCGUGGGGCCCCUAAGGAUGGGCUGAAGCUGGGGUCCCGGCCUGCAGUCAAGGCCUUAGAUGGGAGAUUACAGGUUUCAACGCCGCACGUUGGUAAAAUGUUCAAUGCUCCACAAGCCUUACCUAAAACUGGCAGAAAGGCUUUGGGAACAGUCAACAGAGCUACAGAAAAAUCAGUGAAGAAUAAUGGACCACUCGGACAAAAACCAAACUUCUCUGCCAAAAAGGUGACUGAGAAGACUGUUAAAACACAAAGCUCUGUUCCUGCCUCUGAUGAUGCCUAUCCAGAAAUAGAAAAAUUCUUUCCCUUCAAUCCUCUAGAUUUUGAGAGCUUCGACCUGCCUGAGGAGCAUCAGAUCGCACAGCUGCCCUUGAGCGGGGUGCCUCUCAUGGUCCUGGAGGAGGAGAGGGGGCUGGAGAGGCUCCUGCAGCUGGGCCCCCCUUCCCCGGUGAAGAUGCCUUCCCCGUGGGGACCUGAUCCGUUGCAGUCUUCCAGCGUUUUUCCCAUCCUGGAUGUUGAAUUACCACCUGCUUGUUAUGACAUAGAUAUUUAAAUUUCUUAGUGGCUUGUAGUUUGUGUGAAUUUGUAUAAAUAAAGCAUUUCUGUUUAA